GCUCGGGGCCGGGCGGGAUGAGGAGGCAUGGACUGCUUCUACGGGGAUAGGCGCAGGUUGACCCAAGUCCGCCGGGUUAACACGCCGUUGGCAGGCAGGAAAAGGUGACACUCCCCCCCGCCACCGGCAGAGAUGGACGCGCCCAAGGAAGACACUAAUAGUCCAGGCUGGGUGCAUAAAUCCGGGGGGGUUGUUUAAAGCCCCGGCCAGCGCCGCGCAGGAGGGCGAGCUGCUGCCGCCGCCGGGCCGCGGUGAGUGACCGGGGCGAGCCGCGUCGCCUGACGGCGGUACUGCACGGCACACGCCUGGGUGUCCGGGCACGUCGGGGCGAUGAGCCGCGGGACUGAAGCAGUAGAAGUGCUUAUAUUAGGCGAGUGAUUUACGAGACCUUUUGGGCCAGUACACUGCUAACAACAUCAGUCAAUUCUUCCGAUGGACCACAUGCAACAUUAACCUUUUGAAGGUCUUGUUUACUGUAGUAGCUAAAGUGAAUCAGAAUGCCUCUCAGUGAGGACCAGAACAGUGAUUCAGAUUCUUCACGCCUCUCUGAAAGCACAGCUUCUUCUAGUGACACUGAAUAUUCAAGACAGAGCUUUAACAGUGAUUCUUCAAGCAAACCCAGUUCCCCAGCGUCAGCAAGCCCUCCCAAGAUUAUUACAUUUGAUGAACUGAUGGCAGCUGCAAGAAAUCUGACAGACUUGACUCUAGCUCAUGAAAUUGCUGUAAAUGCAAAUUUUUGCAUAAAAGAUGAAGACUUCCCACGGAAUAGCUUUGCAGGCACAGUGAAACAAAUUGUACACAAGGCGUUUUGGGAUCACUUGGAAUCGGAACUGAAUGAAGAUCCUCCGGAAUAUGAACAUGCUAUCAAGCUCUUUGAGGAAAUAAAGGAGAUUCUUCUUUCCUUCCUGACUCCUGGAGCAAACAGGAUUCAGAAUCAAAUCUGUGAAGUUCUAGAUACAGAUCUUAUACGACAGCAGGCAGAACAUAACGCUGUUGAUAUUCAUGGGCUAGCUAACUAUAUCAUCAACACUAUGGGAAAGUUAUGUGCUCCAAUAAGAGAUAACGAUAUAAAACAGUUAAAAGCAACUGACAACAUUGUAGAAUUACUGAGACAAAUAUUCCGUGUUUUGGACCUGAUGAAAAUGGAUAUGGCUAAUUACACAAUUCAAAACCUCAGGCCAUACCUUCAGCGUCACUUGGUGGACUAUGAAAGAACAAAAUUCCAGGAAAUUCUUGAAGAAACACCAAGUGCCCUGGACCUCACAACAGAAUGGAUAAAGGAAUCAAUAGAAGAUGAAUUGUCAUCUAUUUCUGAUGAAUCUUUAUCAUCCCCUGGUGCUGAUAGUAGUUCUAAACCAAUUAUUAGUCCUACACUGGUGCUAAACAACGGCUACUUGAAACUCUUACAAUGGGAUUAUUGCAAAACAAUUCCAGAGACUCUAAUAACAGAUGAAGUUCGUCUUCAGGAGUUGAGAGAAAAGCUCAAUCAAUUAAAAAUCAUAGCUUGUGUUUGUCUCAUAACAAACAAUACGGUGGGUGCAGCAAUUGUAGAUGUGCCUGAUUUUGCUGACCAACUGAAAAGGAUCUCUGUUCCUCUUCUUGAAGGCAUGAACAAGAAAACUUUUGAUUUGAAGGAAGCUCUGAAUGCUAUUGGUGUCCAGAUUUGCAGCAAAGUGAACAGGUCUCUAACUGAAAGAGGUCUUCCCGCUCUUAAUGAAGAAAUGCAGAGUAAUUUAAUGGGUCAAGUUGCUCACAUUGUUGAAGAGAAUAAUCCCGUCAGUUCCUUGAUUGACAAACGAAUCCAGUUCUUCAUGAGAAGCUUGCUUGCUCUUCCAGGUUUUCAGAAGUGCAUGCCUACUAUGCCAGGAGGCCUUUCUGUGAUUCAGACAGAGAUGGAGUUUAUUGGAUCUCAGUAUGCCAGCAUUGUAAACUUUAAUAAGCAAGUGUAUGGACCAUUCUAUGCAAACAUACUUAGAAAACUGCUUUUUCCCGAGACACCAGUGGGGAAAGCAGAAACAGAAACACCUACCAAUUAAAAAAUAUUACCUAUUUCUGUACCCCCUUUUUUACCUUCUAAGACAGUGAUCUGACUUCCCCACUUCGAAGAGCCCACUCCAGUGACUAUUAAUAAGGGAGAUCUUGCAAAAUGUAUGCAGAGAGUUUCUGAAAUUCACUGGGAAGAAAUUAAUUUCAAGGACGUAUAUUUUAAUAGACUAAACUUGUUUAAUGGAUUGUGUCACUUGUAAUAGCUAGUGAAUCAUUAGUUUUCAAGGCAAGCAUUUAUUUUGAUUUGCAGUGGGAAAGAGUACUUACUGUUUUGCCACUAUUAAAAAAUGUUAUUUUCAACUUAAAUGUAUUUACAUAUAGCAAUGCAAUUAUGAAAUGACAAAACAAUUUUAGAUAAAAUGUACUGCGCUUACAUUGUAUUUUUGUAGAGCGACAUCCAAGAAAACAAUUAUGUUUCUGAAGACUUUGAAGCAAAAAAAGUAUAGCAUAACUGCUUUUGUAAUCAAAACCAGGUUCAUACUAGGCCAAAUUCUGGUACUCCUACAAGUACUGGAACCAGAACUUGGCUUCUGUUACAUUAAGGAAUGCCAGUAUUAUAAGCUGUUUGGAGUAUAGCAGUUAUGGAAGGAGUGUUCACCACUUAAAGUAGGAAUCAUUCAGAACUUCUCAACUGCAACUGAGAUGAAUGAUAAACACCUAAGAAACAUGAUUUUUUGGGGGGGGGGGGAGGGGGGGUUUGGAGUAAAUUUGUGUAUAUAAUGUUUAUAAGCAUUUUGUUUAUCCAGUGGAGGUCAUACAGAUAUUAAAUCUAAUCUCUACUACGUGUAUGUACUGAUCUUUGAUCUUAAUGGGUAUUAAGUAUUUUUAAGUGAGGUCUUUCUGACCUUUAUUCCCAAAAGCACUUGAGAGUGACCUUACAGAGUACCACAGAGCAACUUUCCCUUCUGUAUGCUGUUGGAUGAGGGCAUAAGCUUUUCAAAACAUAUUUUUCGGUCCAUAAACAAGAACCCAAAUGAUGAGUCAUUCUUGAAAAUGUGAUUAGAUUCACUUUCAUUGAGUCUGUGAGAAAUGUUGCUGUUUUCGUCAAAUUCCUUUGGAAUAGACCCCAAUACUUAGUUCCCAUUUAAGGCAUCAGGAAUCUUGCAUACAGAAAAUGAAGAGGCCUGAAACUGAGAAGUGUGGAAGGAAACUUUUGUAGGUUUAUACAGGCUUUUAUUUUGAAUAUUUCAGAUUACUGGGAAUAGAUACUGCUGGAAUAUGUAAUAUAAACAUGUUCUUGUCUAUGAAAUUGAAUCAUAAUUUACUUGAAAAUGUUCUUUUAAUAUAUUACCAUAUAAUAGUCCUUUUAAAAUGUCAUAUAUAAAAACUUCAUGUGGUACACAUUAUAUAGCUUGUUUUUAAUAUUUUAUAUUGCAGUCUAUUUUUAUGAAGAGACAAAAAAUUGCCCGUAAAAGCUUAAUGUGUCACACAAAUUGUGUACGUACAUUACUAUGUCUACCAUAAAGGUCUAAAAAAACUGGGCAUUAUUAGCACUGUGGUUUUGUAGUCCAUUUCUACAGAAUUGUGUACCCUUUUUAGUAAGGGAAAUGACUUUCAGUCAGUCGUUCCUCAGUGUCCAAGGACUUUGGCCACAUGUACUUUCUUCAGGAUGCCUUUUUGGAAAAUAAAUUCUUCUACAAGGGAUAGAGCAGAAGUGUACUAACAACAUUGCACAAAAUAAAGAUGAAUGCAUAUUUGUAAAGGGAACUAUUUUCUGAAGCCUGAAAAACCUGAAAGAAAGGAACUCUUGAAAUAUAGUAAUUGUGCCACUAGGUAAAACAGGCUUUCUCAGAUGAAUAUGAAAUUUUGAUAUGCAAGUCAAAAUCAUCAAGAGCAUGUAUUCAAAAGCAAUUACGGGGAGUUAGUUUAACUUUAGAAAUACCUAAACUAUUUUGACUUUCAGCCAAAAGAGGAUUUUAUGAACAUUUGAAGAUGAUUUAUAACAUGAUUAUGAACUUUUUAUCAUAAUACUUUAUAUGCAUUCUAUUGUAAAAAGUAUCAAACUAUAGAUCUUUAAUGUACUGGGAAAACUGUCAUACUAGUUUUUACCUGUAAAUACUCAAAAAAUGAGGAUUCAUUGGGGUUUUUUGGUGUUUAAGGUGACUUGCAAAGGGCAUUUUAUAGCAUGACCUCUGUUUCAAGUGAUCGUUUAAUGUAUGUUAAUUUUUACUUAAUGUUUCAAACAUGGACAUUGCAUCUGUUAAUGUCAUGUGUGCAUGCUGUUUAUGCUACCAUGGCUGAAACGCACUUGCCUCUACUCUGAAGUUGUCCUUGUGAGAGAAGAUGCUAUUCUGUAGCAGCUUUCUUUGUCAAAAUACAAAUAUUUGAGGUUUUGUAUGUAUUAAAUUGUUUGUGAUAC